UUCCGACUCAUCUUCCCUUCGCAGUUUCCGGCCGCCCCUCCAUUGUGCCGGUUUUAUCCGGCCCUUUUUCAUCCCAACAUUGAUGUUUGUGGUUUUUUGAAAGUAUCAUCCUUACAAAGUGGGUGGGACGAGAGUCUCGGCUCGCUUUUAGCGAUAAUGAAUGCAAUACAGAAUAUACUCUCCAAACCAAGGCUGGAGGAAGACGUAGCCAAUGAAGCGGCAGCCACACUGUACAGAUCCAGCAGAGAAAAUUAUUACAAUCGCGUACGUCGGGAGGCUAGACGAUGUUCCACGUUCGACACGUUAGAUGCAUUGAACGGCGAACACACCGAACAAACACAGUUUAUGCCUCCUCCGUUGCCACCACAGGUAUAUCGUCAAGUCUGUGGUCACUCACUUGAGCCCGGCUUGGACUGUCCAAGACAGGCUCAAAGGCAGAAAGGACCAGAGUUUGUCCAACAAGGGGAUCCAACUCGCCUUGGUACAGCUGCUCGAAUUGGUUCGAAAAGAGGGAGGCCGAGGAAGACAGCUGAAGAAACUAUUGUCAUGCGCCGGGGACCGAAGCAAACCUGUACGGCUCAACAUUACCAUGAGAUAUUUAACGAACUCAGGUCAAACAAAGCAGAUAGCCUGAAACUAGAGGACGUGGAAGGAUGUUUAAACUCCGGAGAAACCACUCAAAAGCGGAAAACGGUGACAGAAAGGUGCCGACGAUCAGAGCAGUGGGACGCCACCACUCCUGGCGGGCCACACCGGCUCACUGAUGGGAUGCCGUUGAUGGUGAACGUGGAAAGUCCAGAGCCCGUUCGCUUCAAA